CUCCAUGGCGGCACCGGUGCUGUCCCGCGGCCUGGCCGCUGCCCCCCGCGCUCUGCGGGCGGCCGUGGGGAGCCGGGCCCGGUGCUGCGGGGUCCCCCCCGGAGCCGCGGGACCCCCCCGGGGCUCCCCCGAGCGGAGCCGGCUCCGGGACCGCGAGUACAAGGAGAGGAGGCAGCGGGAGAGGAGGCAGAGAGCGGCCGUGGGGGGGGCCGGGGUGCAGGUGCCAACAGCCCCCCCCAAAGGCUGGACCCCCAAAAGCAUCGUGGAGUAUGAGCACCCCCUGGAAGCUGAUGGCAAGAAGGCCACGGGGGUGCCGCUGCCCCCCUCUUACAGCCCCCGCUACGUGGAGGCCGCCUGGUACAGCUGGUGGGAGCAGCAGGGCUUCUUCACCCCCCCAGCCUCGACACCAGCCGGGGGCCGUGUCCUGAGCCUGGUGCUGCCCCCCCCCAAUGUCACUGGCUCCCUGCACCUCGGCCACGCGCUGACGGUGGCUCUGCAGGACGCCCUCGUGCGCUGGCGGAGGAUGCAGGGCUGGACCGUGCUCUGGGUGCCGGGUACUGACCAUGCUGGCAUUGCCACCCAGGCAGUGGUGGAGCGCUGGUUAUGGCAGCACCGGCGCUUACGGCGCCAGGAUUUGACCCGUUCCCAGUUCCUGGAAGAGGUUUGGGCCUGGAAACAACGGCAUGGGGAUGAGAUCCUGAAGCAGCUUCGGGUGCUGGGAGCAUCGCUGGACUGGAGCCGCUGCACCUUCACCAUGGACCCGGGCUUCUCACGGGCGGUGAUCGAAGCCUUCGUGCGCCUGCAUGAGGCCGGGUUGAUUCAUCGCGACCGCCGCCUCGUCACCUGGUCCUGUGCCCUGCGCUCCGCACUGGCUGAUGUGGAGGUGGAGCCCCGCUCCCUGACGGGCCCCACGGCGCUCCGUAUCCCCGGCUGUCCCCAUCCCAUCACCUUCGGCCUCCUCGUCACCUUUGCUUACCCGGUGGACGGGGGGGACGGCCUGGAGCUACCGGUGGCCACGACGCGGCCGGAGACGAUGCUGGGGGAUGUGGCCGUGGCCGUGCACCCCGAGGAUCCCCGGUACACGCACCUCCAUGGCCGCCGGGUCCGGCACCCGUUCACGGGGCAGCUCCUGCCCAUCGUCACCGACCCCUCCGUGGAGCCCACCCAAGGCACCGGUGCAGUGAAGGUGACCCCGGGGCACAGUCCCCGUGACCUGGUGCUGGCCCGGGCCCAGGGGCUGCCCCUGCUCUCUGUCAUCGGGGACGAUGGCACCAUGUGUCCCCCGGGCGGGGGGUGGCUCCAGGGCGUCCAUCGCUUCGAGGCACGGGACAAGGUUGUGGCUGCUCUGGCCGAUCUGGGGCUGCACCGCGGCACCCAGGACCACGCCAUGACCCUCCCCAUGUGCAGCCGCUCUGGGGACGUCGUUGAGUACCUGCUGAAGAGCCAAUGGUUCCUGCGGUGCCAGGAGAUGGCAGCGCAGGCCCGGGAGGCAGUGACAUCCGGACGCCUCCAACUGAUCCCUAAAUUCCAUGAGAAGAAUUGGAAAACCUGGAUGGAUAAUGUGGGGGACUGGUGCCUCUCCCGGCAGCUCUGGUGGGGUCACCGGGUCCCUGCCUACCAAGUGCAGGGGCCCCCUCCGGCUCCCCCUGGUGGCCUCUGGGUCGUUGCACGCAGCGAGGCUGAAGCCCGAGCGGCCGCUGCCCGGCUCCUGCGCUGCCCCCCCGAGGGGCUGCACCUGCAGCAAGACCCCGAUGUCCUGGACACGUGGUUCUCGUCUGCGCUCUUCCCCUUCGCUGCACUGGGCUGGCCCCAAGAGACCCCCGACCUGCAGCGCUUCUACCCCACGGCCGUGCUGGCCACCGGCAGCGACCUCCUCUUCUUCUGGGUGGCCCGAAUGGCCCUGCUGGGCCUGCAGCUCAUGGGGCACCUGCCCUUCACCAAGGUCCUGCUGCACUCGCUGGUGCGUGAUUCCUACGGGCGCAAGAUGAGCAAAUCCCUUGGGAAUGUCAUCGACCCCCGGGAUGUCAUCGCUGGCGCCUCGCUGCAGGAGCUGCAGCAGAGGCUCCACACCAAGGUCCUGGACCCCCACGAGCUCCGAGUGGCAACAGAGGGGCAGCGGCUCCAGUUCCCCCAGGGCAUCCCCGAGUGCGGCGCUGAUGCCCUGCGAAUGUUCCUGUGUUCCCACAACGUGCACGGGGACAGCAUCCGGGUGGCCGCAGGGACAGCCCUGACCCACAGGCGCUUCUGCAAUAAGGUCUGGCAUGGGGUCAGGUUCGUGCUGCAGGCACUGGGGCCCCACUGUGACCCACAGCGCCCUGAGGAGUGCUGCCCCCGUGUGGCCAUGGGGCGCUGGGUGCUGGGGCGGCUGCUGCAGGCGGUGGGAGCCUGCGCCCGGCACAUGGAGGCGCUGGAGCCGCACGGAGCCCUUGGGGCCAUCCAGCACUUCUGGACACGGAGCUUCUGCGACGUCUUCCUGGAGGCCUCCAAGGGGCUGCUGCAGGACCCGGUGACGGCACCGGACACGCGCCGGACCCUGCUCUGCUGCGUGGAUGUGGGGCUGCGGCUCCUGGCCCCCUUCGCCCCCUUCCUGAGCGAGGAGCUGUGGCAGCGGCUUCCCCGCGCCCCCCCGGUGGCCCCCAGCAUCACCCUUGCCCCCUUCCCCGACGCCUCCAGCCUGGCCCACUGGCACUGCCCCACUGUGGAGCGGGAGGUGGGGGCCAUGCUGGAGGUGGUGCGGGCGGUGCGGGCGCUGAGGGGCACCUUCCGUCUCGGGGCGGCCCGGCCCCCCGUGGCGGUCCAGUGCCCGGCGGAGACACGCGAUUGGCUGGAGCCGCUGGGCCCCACUCUCCGGAUGCUGGCACAGGCGGGGCCGCUGAAGCUCCUCCCCCUGGGGGCGGAGCCAGAGCCAGGCCCGGGCUGGGUGAAGGCGCCUGCAGGCCCUGACACCCACGUGCUCCUCUGCCUGCAGGGGCUGGUGGAGCCGGCGGCCGCCCGGAGCCAGCUCCGCAGCCGCAGCCUCGGACUCCAACGGCGCCUCCAGAGCCUGGGGGGGGCCCCGGAGCCCAGCGCCCAGCACCAGGUCGCCAUCCUCCGCUCCGAGCUCGCCCGCCUCCAACAAGCACUGGAGGCCCUGGAGCCCUUGGACCCCCCCUCAGACCCCCCAUUGGACCCCCCCUUGCACCCCAAAACCCAAUAA